AUGCAAGUUCGCCCUUGGCAUACACGCCGGCCAAAAGCGACUUCACGAUCGACUUGGCACUCAGCUCGCGAUCCCAUUGAACAGCUCAUUGGUCGUCUGCCAGCGUCGUGCUCUCUUGCGAGCUAA